AUCGCCAACGGCAUCUCUGCUGGUACUGCUGGCCUCAUGGGCGUCAUCCUCCUUGCCCGUCAUGGCGACCGGACGGAGUACUAUCAGGACCCGGUGAACUAUCAGUCCCAGCAGCCCUCCCUCACGCAGCUUGGCGCGCUUGAAGUACACGAGCUCGGCACUUUCCUCCGCAACACCUACCUUGAGCCCUCUUCCCCAUCUUACAUCACCGGCAUCAGCCCCAACAUCGUCAACCCUGAUCAGCUGCUCGUAAAGGCGGACGCUGGAGGCGGGAAUGUUGGUAUGAGCUCGGCGCAUAGCCUGGCUCAGGGCCUCUAUCCCCCGUCGAAGGGUGCCCGGUAUCAGCUCGGCAAUGGGGCCAUCGUCAGCGCGUCCCUGGGUGCAGCCCAGUCUGUCCCAGUCGAACCUGUCAACCAGGAUGAGAGUCCGAUGUUCACGCCUUGGAUCGACUGUCCGUACUUCCAGUCCCACCUGAACCGAACGUACAGGUCUGCGGCUUUCAAGCAGCUUGAACGUGACGCAACGCCGUUCCUCAAUGCCGCUAAGCCCUUCGUCGGUGGUAUGAGCACGAACUUCACAAAUAUGUGGAACGUCUACGACCACAUGCACGUGCAGUCCCAAAACAACAAAGCGUACCGGAAAGCGCUUCCUCCUACAUUCCUUAAACAAGCCCGACACUUUGCGAAUUUACACCAGCGCGAGAUAUUUAAUGCCCAACCCAUCAACGCCAUCGGAGAGGUUGCUAUCCGAACUCUGCUCCCCGAGAUGAUCUGGGCCAUGACCAACAUGACCUCUGGGGCCAGCCCGACGAAGCUCGCACUCACUGUCGUAGACUACAAGCCAUUCAUCAGCUUGUUUAACGUCACGAACGCAACACUUGCCGACCCUGACGUCGCUGGUAUUCCGCAGUACGCGUCCGCGUUGGCACUUGAGCUAUACAACAAGAACGGCCAGCCCGAGCUGAGCCUCAAGUUCAAGAACGGAACCAUCAACAAGCAGUUCCGGCAGCUCAAAAUGUGGGGCGAGACCAGUGUCCCACUCACGACGUUCAUCAAGAACCUCGACUACCGCACCAUCAGCAACACGCGGGACUGGUGCUUCUCGUGCAACCAGACGAUCACCCGAGGGUGCGCGGCUAUGGACUUUACCAAGGAUCCUUUCCUGCACCCUUCAGGUGCGACCUACUAGACGCACCCUCAGUCUGGUUCCUUCCUUUUUAUCAGUCUUGGGCGUAGAGUAAUAGAGUAUAAUACCCUAAUUGCGCUAUAAUUGUGCGUCUU